GUGAGUUUCUGUGUCACCGCUCCCCCUAGUGGCCAUUAGGGGUCUCACAGCCCACAUCAGCCCAGCAUCUGUUGUGAAAAGCUUUCCCUUUUGGAGGGUAUUAUCUACGCACAUUCUGAAUGUAAUAACAUUGAUUAUAUUGUUUCUGUUUUUGUUAUUGUCGUGGCGCCACAGAGCGACAGGCGUCGUCAGACAGUCCAGGAGUCAAGGCGUCAACCCUCUUCAGCAAGCAGACCAAGUCCAUCGUGUGGGGCAUGCAGACGCGGGCCGUGCAGGGCAUGCUGGACUUUGACUACACCUGCUCCAGGGAUGAGCCCUCUGUGUCUGCCAUGCUCUACCCUUUCACUGGGGACCACAAGCAGAAGUUCUACUGGGGCCAUAAGGAGAUCCUGUUGCCUGUCUAUAAGAACAUGGGCGACGCCAUGAAGAAACACCCGGAGGUGGACGUGCUCAUUAACUUCGCCUCGCUCCGCUCUGCCUUCGACAGCACCAUGGAGACCAUGCAGUACCCACAGAUCCACACCAUUGCCAUCAUAGCCGAGGGCAUCCCUGAAGCCCAGACCAGGAAGAUCAUUAAGAGGGCGGACGAGAAGGGUAUCACUAUCAUCGGCCCGGCAACGGUUGGAGGGAUCAAGCCUGGCUGUUUUAAGAUCGGGAACACAGGGGGCAUGCUGGAUAACAUCCUGGCCUCUAAGCUGUACCGUCCAGGCAGUGUGGCCUACGUGUCCCGCUCUGGAGGCAUGUCCAACGAGCUCAACAACAUCAUCUCCCGCACCACCGACGGAGUCUACGAGGGAGUGGCAAUCGGAGGAGACAGAUACCCAGGCUCAAUCUACACAGACCAUGUGCUGAGGUACCAGGACACCCCAGGGGUAGAGAUGAUCGUAAUGCUGGGAGAGAUUGGCGGAACAGAGGAGUAUAAGAUCUGCCAGGGCAUCAAGUCAGGCAGGAUCACCAAGCCUGUGGUGAGCUGGUGCAUCGGGACCUGUGCCACCAUGUUCUCCUCAGAGGUCCAGUUUGGUCAUGCUGGAGCGUGUGCCAACCAGGCCUCAGAGACAGCCGUGGCCAAGAACCUGGCUCUGAAGGAGGCCGGAGCCUUCGUACCUAAGAGCUUUGACGAGCUGGGAGAUGUCAUCAAAUCAGUGUAUGACGACCUCGUUGGCAAAGGAGUCAUCGUUCCAGCUAUGGAGGUGCCCCCUCCCACAGUGCCAAUGGACUACUCCUGGGCCCGGGAGUUGGGUCUGAUCCGUAAGCCAGCCUCCUUUAUGACCAGUAUCUGUGAUGAGAGGGGCCAGGAGCUUAUCUACGCUGGAAUGCCCAUCACUGAGGUGUUCAAGUCAGAGAUGGGCAUGGGAGGAACCCUGGGACUGCUCUGGUUCCAGAGGAGGCUGCCCAGUUAUGCUUCCAAGUUCAUUGAGAUGUGUCUGAUGGUGACUGCUGACCAUGGUCCUGCCGUGUCUGGUGCCCACAACACCAUCGUCUGUGCCCGCGCUGGCAAAGACCUUAUCUCCUGCCUCACCUCUGGCCUGCUCACCAUCGGGGACCGGUUCGGAGGGGCCCUGGACGCUGCAGCCAAGCAGUUCAGCAAGGCGUUUGACAGCGGCAUGCUGCCAAUGGAGUUUGUCAAUAAGAUGAAGAAGGAGGGCAACCUGAUCAUGGGCAUCGGACACAGGGUCAAGUCGAUCAACAACCCAGACAUGCGGGUGCAGAUCCUAAAGGACUUUGUGAAGAAGACCUUCCCCUCCACCCAGCUGUUGGACUACGCAAUGGAUGUAGAGAAGAUCACCACAGCCAAGAAACCCAACCUGAUCUUGAAUGUGGACGGUUUCAUUGGAGUAGCAUUUGUGGACCUGCUCAGGAACUGUGGUGGAUUUACACGGGACGAGGCUGAUGAGUUUGUGGAGAUCGGAGCGCUGAAUGGAAUCUUUGUCCUGGGGCGGAGCAUGGGCUUCAUCGGUCACUACCUGGAUCAGAAGAGGCUGAAACAGGGUCUGUACCGUCACCCGUGGGACGACAUAUCCUACGUUCUCCCCGAACACAUGUCCAUGUAACCAUGGAAACCAGGCCAUGGACCCCCCCCAUACCCAACCAGUUACCCCACCACCGCACCCUAACCUCCACCCCCACCUGUACUGUGUUCUGUCAGCCCCAAGUGGUGGGAGAGAAAAAAAUGGGGACUGAUAUUAUUAUUGAUGUGGCUUUGCAACAGUAAUAAGGACAACCCUUUUAAAAUUAAUACAGUUUUAGUUUUUUUUUUAUCAGUUAGCUGAUCAAACAUGCUGCAACCCCGUUAAUAAUAGCAAGGCCUGCAAAACUGUGAAGCCGCAUUCAGACAGGGUGUCUAGAGAGACCAAGCAAGCUGCAGAGAAUGAGAAAUGAGCCUCAUUCAUUGAUUGACCCUUAACCCUAUAGUUUGGGGAAUGCAAUUCAUCCAAUUCAACUCUUCCCAAGAUUACCUCUAGGGAUACAGAUGAUUGUCUUCCUGUUUACUGCCAAUACUACUGCUACUACUAUACUACUCCUAUGACUACAGUGAAGUACGUUGAGACUGUAUCUCCCACUAUCAUCUCUCUCCGUAAACCAAGCAUGUGUCUGUGUAUAACAGACUGUUCCUGUGUGUCGCUGUUCAAUUCUCUUUCUUGAGCGUGUCGGUGCCAUAUUAAAAUCAUAUGCUUUAUUUAUGUAUAGAUGUAUUAACAGCGGACUAAAUAAAUGUAAUAAGAAUGUAAUAGAUAGUAUCAGCAUUUUUGAUGUACUAUAAAUGCCCAUGAAGCGGUUGUGUUUAAACUGUAAGAUAUGCCGCUGACCAAGAACAUUGGGCUGUAAUACAGAGAAAAGCUCUUCCUGUGUCCCAACCAGGACGGUGCCCAGGAUGGCAAAGGGACCAUAGAAUGCAGCAUUAUUUAUCUGAAUGUUACUAGCUAGACCAGAUCCAUUGUGACCGGCUAUUUCUCGAAAGAUGUAUCUGUCUGUACUAUUUGUGUUGUCAUGUCAUCACAAUUUUAAAACUUUGUUUGACCUAAUGUGAUGUGAACUGAACGUGCCUCUGUAGAGAUGGGUUGUAAUAUAUAUUUUCAGAACGGUGUGACUGAGUAUAUUAAAGAUGACCUAUUGGAACACAA